AUGGGUAAGAUUGGAGUGUGGAUUCUAGCUUUGGGGGGAGGCGUAUUAACCCUCCUUUACCUUCUUCCAUGGGCGUACAUCGCGCUUGACCUUCUCGGAAACUGCCGCGAUGCGCCUCCUGCAGUGCAAGAGCCUUUCGUCUCGUUCGAGGAAAUCGUCAACCAAGGCACGUCCGAUAAGCGCACGCACCACUACGGCGCCUUCUACAGCCUCUAUCUCGACCCGCUGCGCCUGCCGCGACAGUCCCUUGAUACCAAAACUAUCAGAAGAUUACGCGGGAAGAAACGAGAGCAAGAGUCCGCGUGGGAGGUUCCCGAGGUGAACAUGCUGGAGAUCGGGCUCAAAUACGGCGACUCGCUGAAGCUGUGGAAGAGGGCGUUUCCGAAAGAAGUACCAGGCAGAGGCGUGGAACCCCCAGGUACGGCUGAUGGCUUCUGUUCCCCACCUCCCGACCAUGUUGGGGCCUCUUCCUCACCUCCUGGCCAUGUUGAUCCCAUGCCCAUCCAAUUCCUAUCCCCUAUGUCCGCAUCACCACAGAAGCACCGGGCAGAGGCGAGGAACCCGCAGAAGCACCAGGCAGAGGCCGGGAACCCGCAGGUGCGGCUGAUGGCUUCUCUUUCCCACCUCCCGACCAUGUUUAUUCCCCAUCCCCAUCCUCUACGCCCCUCAUGGCCUCCGAAGCACCAGGCAGAGGCUGGGGACCCGCGGAAGCACCAGGCGGAGGCGAGGGACCCGCGGGUGCGGCUGAUGGUGGGCGACCAGGCGAAUGGGACGUUCCUGGAGCAAGUGAUGGCUGAGAUAAAGAGUGCGGUGGGUCUGCUUGACUUCAUAGUGGAUGAUGGUUGUCACACCAUGGAUCAGCAGCAGACAUCCCUCAAACACCUCCUGCCCCUUGUCAAGCCUGGAGGGACGUAUUUUAUAGAGGAUGUGGAGACAUCAUCCUCCACAGGAGUCGUGUAA